AUGUCGUCCGUGCAGGAAUCGCUCUUCCUCUCUCGAAUCAACCAAGCAUUGGAUAGAGCCUGUCGGUAUUACAAGCUGGAUCCGGACAACCUCUGGUCUAGUUGGUGUAAGGAGGCGAAGAAAGGAUUCUUGAAGGGUUCUAACACGGUCGGCCUCCCCACGCCUGCUAUCUUGCGAUACGGUGGUGAUGUCAAUAACGUCAUGAUGGAUAGCCGCUGUCUUAUCGAUCACAUCAACAAUGUGAUCUCCAUCGGCCAUGUGAACAACUCCCAGCUCCUCCAAAACAAGAACAAACUCAAUGAUAUCCAUCAUGCACUCACGGUCCAGACCCCACGCACGAUGGACUUUCUAAUUAAGAAGGUAUCAUACAUUGAGAGCACGGUGCGGCGGCUCGAAGACGCCUUUGUUGGAUCACCCCACGCACCAACCAAACCACCACCCCGUGUCCGCGCUGCCAGGUUCUCUGUCUCCAGUAAGGGCCUGCAAGCGUAUAAGACUUUAUCGUCACUAACCACUGCUUUCUUUGUUGAGGAUUUCCCCGCGGGCUAUAAGCGCGACAAAGACCAUGCGGACUGGCAAAACGAAGAGUUCCAAAACCCAUUGAAGAAAUUGUUCUGCAAGGUCAAGCGUGCCGUCCGACUCGUCCUCCUUUUUUCCGAUUCCUACCCUCAGCCCAACCUCCCUAAGGCUGCCAUCAGGGGCCUCGCGGAAGCCGCGGAGAAGGAAUUACGCGUUGCCCUGGGAGCGAAGGAGAAUGAC